AUGGACAAAGUAGAAAAAAUUUUCUCCAUUAAAACGCCCCGCAUAAAGCAGAAGGAUUUGAAGUGCCGCAAUGGAUGUGGAUUCUACGGAAACGCUCAAUGGAACGGGCUGUGCUCGAAGUGUUAUCGCGAGCGGUCGCAGAAGGAACGGCAUACAAAGCCAUUCCGCCUGUUAAAGAACGAUCAGCAACACCAGUCAGCGGGUUCCGAUUCGCAUCAUGCUCCUAGAUCUGAUCAGGCAUCGACUUCCCAUGCGCAGCAUCAACACCAGCAGUCAUUGCAUUCUAAACUUAUUCCGAAGCUAUCGAGCGAGCGUGAUGAGAAGAAGAAAAAGUUAAACUUGAUAGAAUUUAUAAAAAAAUCAACACCCGGUAGAGAUUCGGAAAAAUCACGGCACCAUAGUAGACAGCCGAUUGAAAAACUCGAACAAGAGUAUGUGGACGCGCUAAAAGCGCUGAAGAUUGAAGAUGCUGCAAAGCAGGAGCUUAAAUACUUUAUCCACAUGCUCGAUCAGCAGAUACGCAAGAAGUAUGCAUCGGUUAGCAUCGACGAGCUUUCAGAACUGGUGCAGAACGGGUACACUAAGUUUCGCGAUUACAUGCACAUGGACAACUCAAAGUUUGCCAGUGCGCCCGAAGAAAUGCGCGAGCAGGUCCUCGACUUCUUCGAGCGCUGCAUCAUGACGAAAAACCAUAAGUAUCUAUUUUCGCCACCGUCGACGAACGAUGAGGACAAUGAUUCGUACAUCCACAAGCGCAUCCGGCAGCUAAAUUGGAUCACAGCCGAACACCUGAUGUGCAGCAUCGACGAGGUGAAUUCCGAGGUGCGCGAGCUUGCUUAUACCGCCAUCACCGAGCUGGCAUCGGUGGAUUCCUUUUUAUCGCCGCAGGAAAAGCUCGAUUGUAUCGUGCGCUGCUGCCGGCACAUUUUUAGCUUCCUUAAGAAGUCGGUCCAGGGUCCGGCUAGCGCAGACGACUUUCUACCAGCGUUGAUCUUCGUGGUGCUCAAGUCGAACCCUGUUCGGUUGCAUAGCAAUAUUAACUUUAUUACGCGCUUCAGCAAUGCCUCGCGGUUGAUGAGCGGCGAGGGUGGUUAUUGUUUCACGAAUUUGUGUUGUGCUAUUUCCUUUAUUGAGAAUAUUACGUCGGAAUCGCUAUCGCUAACCCAGGCAGAGUUUGAUAGCUUUAUGUCGGGCGAGCACGAGGGCACUUCGGCCUGGGAAAGUGCACUGAUCGCGUGUGAAAGUUUGCAUCAGAUCUCCGAGAACAUGAAAGCAAUGAAAACAUUGGCGACGAAAAACGGGCCGCUCUUGGAAGGCAUCAUUUCUCUGAAUGAAGAAAUCGACAAUUUUGGACAAGAAAUACGUCAAACGGUCGCGGAAGUGCUCGAUCGUACGCCACUGGUGCUAUUGCCCUCGAAAACGCCCGCCCGCGUGGUGGCUAAGCGGCAACAGUUCAUGUCUGCGUCGGAUUCCGCAUACGUGAACUCUUCGACACCACAUCCUCCGGUCAUCGGACAUUUCACCUCGAACCUGGUGGCGGCCAACAAAAAUGUCAAUAUUGACUCCACCAACAGCAAACCAAAGACGCCCGGUGGGGCAAUCUCCAAUCCUGAGACCAUGCCGACUCGUCCUGCCAGCGGAUCCUCUUCCAUCACGGCCGGUCAAGUGGAUGAGCUGGUGCAAAGUCUCUCCAAAACACUGACAGCACCACUCGUGUCCGUUGACGCAGGCCCUUCGGAAGGAGCCGCUCCGGCUACGCCUUUCUAUGGGAUGAGUGCUAGCAAUUCGGCUGACCUAUUGUCCGCUUCACCGUCGUUCGACUACAACAACAUUUUUGACGCCCAAUCCAUGGACGGUUUGACAACGCCCGACGAUCUGGCCACGGAUUUUAUCCGAGGCAUUCGCAACAUCAACUACGAUUUUGACUUUUCCGAUCACAGCGGCGACAACAGCACGACGGAGGACUUUGAUCCGCGCGGUCUAAUGAAACCAAACCCGAACGCACGUUCAGCACCACCGACAAUAUCCCACUUCGAUCUAGAGGAGUUCGAUCCACUUCUACGUAGGACGGAAGCGGUGGUUCGACCGGCCGAACCACUACUUCCGCUGCCGCUGCAACCGGCCACUUCGACUGGGGCCACCGGUGGUGGUAGCAGCCUGUUGGAUGAUUCACCCGGUUCGCUCAUGCUGGAGUCUCCGUUAAAACCGACUGUGGCCGAUUUUCACGGGUUCUCGCUGCAUGGUUGCAACAUUCCGACGAUCACGUGCGCAACGGGUGAUUUGCAUCCACCGUCGGCAUCGGUGGGACAAAACGGCACCAAGCCUGGUGAUUCCGAAACGAACAAUGACGCUAGCCUACUUUAGAGCCGUGGGCGUAUUUGGACACACGGAAACAUGGUUUGUUGUGUGAUGACUUGUUACUGUACAUUUUGGUAGAGCGCGAGCGAUCAAAGAAGCAGGGUGGAUGCAACAAAAAUUGUUUGUUAUUUGUUUAGUACAAGAUAUGAAAA